AUGCGCGAGGCGAUCUGCAUUCACAUCGGCCAGGGUGGCGUGCAGAUUGGCAACGCCUGCUGGGAGCUGUUCUGCUUGGAGCAUGGCAUCCAGCCUGAUGGUCAGAUGCCUUCGGACAAGACUAUAGGUGGAGGCGAUGACGCAUUCAACACCUUUUUCAGCGAGACGGGAGCCGGGAAGCAUGUGCCUCGCUGUGUUAUGGUGGAUUUGGAGCCAACGGUCGUCGAUGAAGUGCGCACGGGCACCUACCGUCAGCUCUUCCACCCGGAGCAGCUCAUUUCCGGAAAGGAAGACGCGGCGAACAACUUCGCACGGGGACACUACACCAUUGGCAAGGAGAUCGUCGACCUGGUCCUUGAUCGAAUCCGCAAAUUGGCCGAUAAUUGCACCGGCUUGCAGGGCUUCUGUGUGUACAACGCUGUCGGCGGUGGCACAGGAUCCGGCCUGGGCUGCCUGAUGUUGGAACGCUUGUCCGUGGACUACGGUAAGAAGAGCAAGAUUUCCUUCACAGUUUGGUCGUGUCCGCAAGUGGCGACUGCUGUGGUGGAACCCUACAACACCGUGCUUUGCGUGCAUUCUCUGCUCGAGCACACGGAUGUGACCAUCAUGUACGACAACGAGGCGUUGUAUGACAUUUGUCGCAGGAACUUGGACAUUGAGCGCCCAACCUACACGAAUCUCAACAGGCUGAUCGCUCAGAUCAUCAGCUCAUUGACGGCAAGCCUGAGGUUCGAUGGAGCUUUGAAUGUGGAUAUCACCGAAUUCCAAACAAAUCUUGUGCCUUACCCGCGCAUCCACUUCAUGCUCACCUCCUUUGCUCCCGUCAUCUCCGCGGAGAAGGCAUACCAUGAGCAGCUCUCUGUGGCAGAGAUCACCAUGUCCGUGUUUGAGCCUGCCUCGAUGAUGGUCAAGUGCGAUCCUCGCCAUGGCAAGUACAUGGCUUGCUGCAUGAUGUACCGCGGUGAUGUUGUACCAAAGGACGUGAAUGCAGCGGUUGCCACCAUCAAGACCAAGCGCACCAUCCAGUUUGUGGACUGGUGCCCCACUGGCUUCAAGUGCGGCAUCAACUACCAACCUCCUACGGUGGUGCCGGGUGGUGAUUUGGCCAAGGUCAUGCGUGCGUGCUGCAUGAUUUCCAACAGCACGGCCAUUGCUGAAGUCUUCUCCCGUAUUGACCACAAGUUCGAUCUGAUGUACAGCAAGCGUGCUUUCGUCCACCACUAUGUGGGGGAGGGUAUGGAGGAGGGCGAGUUUUCCGAAGCCCGCGAAGACUUGGCGGCUUUGGAGAAGGACUAUGAGGAGGUGGGCAUCGAGACAGCCGAAGGGGAGGGCGAAGAGGAAGAUGGGCUGCAGCCCCCGGACUUCACCGUGUUCUACGCGCAGCCGCAGGCAGUUGUUCUCAAGGAUGCCUUUGAGCGAGACUGGGGCUCCCCUCCGGAGGACAGCGAGGAAGUGGCCAAGGAGACAUACCUCUACGGCUUCGACCUGCCUUGCUACCGGGUGAACACCUUUCAGGAGAAAAUCAGAGGCACCAUGAAGAACAAGGCGCAAGUGGAAGCCCAAGAGGAGGAGAUCCCUGCGGAAGAAAGAGCCAAGAAGGCUACUUGCGAGAUGAUCAGCAGCAGGACAUGCUGCGUGCAAGUACGCUUGCCCCAGCUGGAUGAGAAUGUGCCCGCGCUGAAGCAGUUUGCCUUGGAGGUCAGCGAUGAAUGCUUGAGGUUGAACUUCCCCAUGCUGCCCCGCUCCAAGAAGGCGGCCUACGCCAACCUCGUGGUGUGGUGGUGCGGGCCCCGGCCGGAACGAAUCGCUGAAGUUCGAAGCGGAGAGUCGCAGUGGAUGGGUUGCGGGGGAAGAGGAGGUUUGGAGUCAGUUUGGGUGUGA